GAAUCGACUGCCUAUUAUAAACGGGACUCUCUUCUCCGAGCUGUCAGUUCUUCGUUUGAACGUAUCACCAGACUUUGAUAACACUCUGAUAUCCUGCCUCGUUAGUGUUGUGCUUUAUUAAUUUGUCCAGGUCGGACACUUUCCUCCUUAAGGCAGUUUACUGUCAGUGCACGACCCAGAGAUCGUCUCUGUCUAGACAAUCAGCUGGGCACUCGCCGACUGCUGCAUCAGCUGAUUCUCUAUCUGGGAGGCUGCGCUCUCCUCAAAAGAGAUAACACAGUUUGACAGUGCGCCGUUGAGGUAGGUCUGCAGAUUCGAGAUCGCAAGGUCGUCCUCUGGCAGGCCAGAUAGUGAAGUGAUUUGUUUUCCUCUUCUCUCGAAAAACAUCUUUAAGGACAAGGACAUGGCUACCUAUGCAGCUUACAGGCACGUCGAGCUUGAUAACGUCGGAUAUGGCAAGAAAAGGGUUUUGAAACCACCUGGUGGCGGCAGCAGCGACAUUUUCGGCGCCUCAGCAGAGGAGACCAGCCCUCGCCGUGUGAAAUCACAUCAGGCUUCUCAAUUGGGUUCAGCGCUUUUCGGCGACAAUGCCAGAAACGGUCCAAGUCAUAGCACUAAUGGACCGGACACACCAAGGGUCACCAACAAGCCCGGUAAUGAUUCUUACAAACGUCUGUUUGGUCCUCCCGAUGCCCUACCCAACCAAAAUUCGAAAAAUCACAUGAAGAGCAAUAUUCCCCUCAGCGGUGAGAGCACAACUGUUGUUUCUCCUGCAAAAAGCACGUCCAGCAGCAAUGGUUCCAUCUGCAACGGAACUAUUUCAAACGAUAACUUGCUCAUCAAUGACAAUACAGCAUUUAGGAGAAAGAAAAGAUUUCGAGGAGCAUCCUGCAUGCCACGCAACCCAGUCACUGGAGACGGAGUUGACGUGACGCCAAUUAGGCGCACCGCACGAAAGUGUAGAGAUGGUAACCCUGUGACGGGUACUGGAUACGGAUCAGACCAGCAGAACAACGUGGUUCAAAACGGAAGUGGAAACGCAAACUCCAGCGGCUCUGAAAAGUCUAACGAUUCAUCGCCUGGCUCGGGAAACAUGAGCAAUAAGGUUCAGCGUAAUCGCGUACCUCCAGGUGGCUAUUCAUCCGGUCUCUGGUAAAUCCGGCCACGAAUUUCAAAAAGAUCUCCCUUUGAAUUCCCCCUCUCUUCAUCAGAUCAAAAAAAAAAAAAUCAAAUUACAAAGGGUCCAUCUACCUAAAAUUUUCUCCUUAUUCCCUUAAUUUAUUAUUGAUAACCCUGAAGAAAGUAUUAGAAUAUUUAGUCACUUUAAUUUGGAGAAAUUCAAUUUGAAAAUUCCUUCAACAAUGAAAUUUUUAGUCAGAAAAUUCAAUUUGAUUUUAAGUUACGUUCGUAUUUUUCUUCUUCUUUUUCCCGACGACUCUAGACAACUUGGAAUAUAAAUAUAAUUAUAUAUAUAAAAAAGAUCAGUUAGAAAAUAAUAUAACGAAAAUUUGACAGCGAUUUCGAAAAUUCCUUGUAUAGAACAAAAUAUUCUAUAUAUAAAAUGUGGUUCUACUCUGAAUUGAAAAAUAAAAUUUUAAGUCCAAAAGACAUUUUUGAUCUUUGUGCCUUCUCUGAAUUAAUUUCUUUUUUCCAUUACGUCUACGUAUGACAAUUCGGACGACAUUUUCUCAAUUGAAUAAUUUAGAAUUAGAAAGAGAGAAAGAAAUUGUGUCUCAAAACUAACAGUAGACAUAAUAAAUUGAUAUUUACUGAUAAAAUACUCAUGUGCGUUCGAUUAUUAUUUUUAACUGUUAUUCAACGAGUAGGAUACAAUUUUUUUUAAUAUUCAAGAAUUUUGACCUUCGCCGAAAUUUCAUUUGAAGGAGAGAAAAUAUUUUCGCUCUCCUUUUUUUCGCCUUUUACCCAAACUGCUUUGAGAUUAUUAAAUUUUAGUAACUGUGUAUCAUGUUAAAGUAAAAACUUGUAUCAAGUACGUAGAUUGUUACUCUUUUCUUUUAUUUUUUACUUGCUAAGGAAAAAUAAAGGAAAGUAGAAACAAUAUCCUGCGCGUCUGAUAGUUUUUCUCAUUGUCUUGCAUAUUUAUCACUGCAUAGUGUAUAUCUCCAUUAAAUUAAUACUUUUUGUCAGUUUCAAUCGGUUCACAUUGGUUGAUGAAAAAAAACAAAAAAAAAGCUGCUUGAAUAAAGUAUUUAUUUCAAAUGCCGAUUUUCAUUUUUACACGCAUUCAAAAAACACAUUUAAUUAAUGUGAAUCGUUUCUCUUACUUUUUUUGGUGUGAACAUAAAAUUAGGUGGUUUUGUAAUACAUCGCAUUUGUCGUAAAUAUCAUUUUUCUACUCACAGUAAUAAAAUUUUGUACGCAAA